GUGUAACAACUACAAGCCGAAAUAUUUUGUUCAUUGAUACAUUUUAUAUUUUAAACAAGAAAAGACUGUAAACUUAUGAAACAAUGUUAUUUUUUUUAACUUUAUCUAAUUUAAUAAUUUGAGUAUGGAGACUCUACAAUUAUAGUAAAGGCAACAUGUUAUAUUCAAUGCGCAACGUUUGGAGGUUAUAUCGAAGGAGAAUCUCGACCCGUUUUAACCAUUCUACGGCCACAGAAAGUGAUAAACCAUUACAAAAUAAGGAUUUCAAGCAUCUGUUACAACAGCAUAAAGAUAAAAUCGUGUUCAGUUCGUAUUUAGAACAUGAGAAGUUACAGUUGGGCUACUAUAAAUAUUACGUGAAAACCAUCAGAAAAGCUAAGGAAGUUGAAUCAAAAGAGUUGCACGAGAGAAGUUUGCCUCCUCUACCUUUGUCAUUGAAGUAUUAUGUAGAUAAAGAAAUAGUUUUAGAUGACCAAAUUGUCUCCGAGGUACAAGAGCCGGAAAAAAGCUUUCAAUUGCCCUUUGCAAAGACAACUCAUGUUAGAAUUAAUGAAGAAGAUUUAAAAUCUCAAGAACAGCCAAGGUUAGAUACAGAAUUUGACAGGUCAAAUAUACAGAAAUGGAUGACAAAUUAUGAGCAUUUUGAUGACACAAAAUUAGCUUCUACAGAUGAGCAAAGUGAUGAUGAGGUUGUAGAAAAUGAGUGGUGCAAGCAUUAUGGUACUCCAGAUUCUACCGUAGCUGUCAGUCAGGUACCAUGUGGUGGCUGUGGGGCUCUCCUACACUGCAAUGACCCUGCCAUACCAGGCUAUUUACCUAGUGAGCUAUUCAAGGAUCGCGAGAUUGAAGAAUUAAAAAGCAUGGAAUGCCAGCGAUGCCAUUUUCUACAAGAGUAUAACAUUGCUUUGGAUGUGACCGUACAGCCAGAAGAGUAUGAAAAACUUCUUAAAUCAAUAAGGCAUGUGAAAUCUUUGGUGAUGCUAAUGGUGGACCUGGUUGACUUCCCUUGCUCCAUCUGGCCUGGAAUAAUUGACAUUAUUGGCACUGAUAGGCCUAUUUUUAUUGUUGCCAACAAGGUAGAUCUUCUUCCAGGCGACAGUAUCGGCUACCUAAAGCGUAUCAAGGAAUCUGUUCUUAGCGAAAUCAACAAAACUAAGCUAGGCGAAGCAAAUAUUAAAUAUGUAGCGCUGAUAUCAGCUAAGACGGGCUUCGGUGUGGAAGAGUUGAUUUCUGCUAUGUUCAAACUUUGGCUAUACAAAGGUGAUGUUUUUCUAGUAGGCUGUACCAAUGUGGGGAAAAGUUCAUUAUUCAAUGCCCUCCUGCAAUCUGAUUAUUGUAAAGUUCAUGCAGUUGAUAUAGUGAAGAGAGCGACGGUCAGCAGGUGGCCCGGAACUACUUUGAACCUUCUGAAAUUCCCUAUAAACAGACCUUCAGGUUGGAAAAUACGUAUGCGAAGUAAUCGAUUAUUAACAGAAGCAAAAUUAAUGAAGGUAGAAGAUGACAUACGUAAUGACCAAAUAUCUGGCAAAAAAGUUAUUGAACCGCCUUCCUUGAUAUGUCAUAUCGGCAGAACAUUUUCGGAGCAUUCAGUUUUAGAUGAUAACUUUGCAGAAAAACGCCAAAAAUUAACAACAUUAGACGAAAAACACGAACUGUUCAGGAAAAGCAAAUGGUUCUAUGAUACUCCGGGGGUAGUUCAUCCAGAUCAAGUUCUAUCACUUUUAAGUACUGAAGAGCUAUUAUUGACCAUUCCAAAAAAGUUGAUAAGACCUCAAACAUACUACCUGCACCAGGGUAUGACUAUUCUUAUUGGUGGAUUGGCGCGAGUUGACCUUUUAGACUGCACCGAGCCUUGUCGUUUUACGACUUUUUGCUCGGAGAACCUUCCGGUGACUGUUGUAAACACUGAAAAUGCUCACGAAGUUUACGAGACAUUUAUUGGUACAGAAUUGUUUGCUGUUCCUUCAGGGGGUCAAGAAAGGCUUAGAAAUUGGCCUGGGUUAAAGCAUAAACAGUAUGAGUUCACUGGAGAAGGGCCUAAGUUUUGUUGCGGUGAUAUAGUCCUGUCUUCCAUAGGAUGGGUGUCUGUUACUGUCAAGAAGGGCAGUCACUGUUCCAUAGCAGCUUGGACGCCCGAAGGGAGAGGUAUCCAUAAACGGCACCCUUCCGUGUUACCAUAUUCCAUUAAUUUAAAAGGCAAGAGGAUUCUAGGCACACCAGCUUACAUGGUUGGUAAAGUGUAUGAAGGUGAUAAAUUGUAGCAUUCUCUUAAGUUAGUAUUACGUUAUUAUUUAAGUGUAAUAAAGUAUAGAAAGUAUGCCCGUU